CUCAAUGUCGGCAGAAUGAAAGAACUGAUCAUUGACUUCAGGAAGAAGAAAAGAGGACACACUUCCAUCUACGUCAAUGAAGCAGAGGUUGAGAGAGUUGAUAGUGUCAAGUUCCUAGGAUUGACGGUUACAGUUAAAGGUUUUGCACCACUUCUUCAGUUCGCAUACACUGCCAAACUUCUUUUGAACAAAGAAAAUGUGUUGGAUGUCUGUAGAAGUGUAGAAUUUCUUGGCAUCCAUAACAUUGAAAAAACGUGUUUCAACUUUCUUCAAGCCAGACUUUUUGGAAAGGAGAGAGAUCAUGCAGGAUUUCCAAGAAAGGCAUGUUGUACAUCUCAUUGUCAAAAAACAAAUCUAAAAAUUCCUGUUGGUGACAAUGAAAAUUCAGAAGCUGAUGAUGAUGUGGAAGAAUUUCUCGAGUCCGAAAAUCCCAAGAGUCCUUGUCCUAAAUUGCGUAAAUGCAUUGAAGUUGGGAAAAUUUGUCCAAAAGUUCAAAAUGAAACCACUGAUGUCAAGUACUCGUGUUUGAAACAGACUGGAUGGGCUAGUUCAUCUCUUUGUCCUAAGUACCGAAAGUUUCAGUUAGCCUGUGGGAAAGAACGACUGACAUCCUGGGGUAAUAAUUUGUCAUUGCCAAAUUCUUCAUUGCAGCAAAUACUUUCAAAACAGCAAAUUGAAUCUUGUCAAAGCUUGACAUUCCCUUUUGAGUCAGAGGAUGAACGUGCAAAACUUAUUGAAAAGGAUAGUGACAGCACAUCAAUGGAAGGAGAGGGUGGAGUCUGUGAUGAAGAGAACUUCGAAGUGAAGAACCAAAUGAAUACAAGCUAUCCAUUAGUGCAAGAUUCUACCCCUGAAGUAACACAAGGGCCAUCAUCACAAAAUAUCUCAGGUAUUCAACAAAGUUGCGUUGGAGAGCAUUUUGACUUACCUUGUUCUCGGGCAGAGCCAUUUGUCCCUUUAAUGUUGCAGGGUGAAAAUCUCCAAAAGAACAGUGCUCCUCUUGCAAGUAUUGAAGAAACUAAGCUCGAAAUUAGUCAAGAAUGUGAUCAGCCAAGGUGUUCAGAAAGAACAAGUGGAGACUCUGAGAGAAAAUCAGUUAUUUUUAGCUCAGGUUAUUCUCAAAGACGAGAGAAUCCCAAUGUGGUCUCCAGCGGGCGAAGCACUGUGGAAAGGGAGGUGGCAGAACAUUUAGCAAAAGGAUUCUGGAGUGAACUUUGCGGUGCACAGUCUAGCUGUGAGGCUGAAUCUUUGGUUAAGGAGAAAAGUUGCUCAGGGCAGUUUGAUUUGGAGAGAUUUUCUCAGUGCCCACAGUUUUCGACAGAGCCUUGCCAAACCCUUGAAGGAAGCAAUCAAAGUUCUUUCCUACUGCACUAUACCUCGUCGUCUUCACAGCUACCUGAGUCUACCUAUAGCUCUUUGAAGUGCCCAUUUGCAUAUGAUACUGGAAAUUCUGUGUGUUCCAGCAGCUCAGGUAUUGAGGAGCUUGAAAGUGACCAGGGACAGCAACAAGACAAAUAUGACACAUUUACUACAAACUCAGGAGAUGAAUUUGGGUCUGAAUCUGAGGAUGACAGUGAGUCAUGUUCUGCCCGGGAACAAGAAUGUGAGGUAAAACUACCAUUUCCUGUUGAGAGAAUUACAAUGUUGUCUAGAAACGACUUUCAAACGAUGCUGAAACUCCAUAAACUGAAUCCAGAACAGCUGGAUUAUAUCCAUGAUAUACGUCGCCGCAGCAAAAACAGAAUUGCAGCUCAACGCUGUCGAAAGCGAAAACUUGACUGCAUUCAAAACCUGGAAUGUGAAAUACAUAAGCUGUUAUGUGAGAAGGAGAAGUUACUGCAAGAGAAGGGCCAGUUAAAAGUGUGUAUGGGUGAAACCUGGGAUAAUUUAUCUAUCCUUUGCAAGCAGGUGUGUAAAGAUGCAGCCCUGACUGCUGAACAAAUUCAAACACUAGCGAAAUAUUCCUCGCCUGAGUGCCCUCUUUCAAUACUGAACACCCAAAGAAACGUUGGCUCCAUUACUCGUACAAAUCUGAUUUCAUCAUAUCCGGGGUACUCCACUAAUCCUCAGAGUAUGGACUGUAAUAGUGAGCAAAGUCCUACUGUACAACUUCAAGAGAAAAUAACGGAUGCACCCAACAGUACACGAGAAAGUAUUCCAGCAAGCCAGUCUGGGAUAGAACAGUGCUGCCAGGCUGUAAUGACUGAUUUCUGCCAAGAAAUGAUAGAGAAGUGUACCACAGAUGAAUAAUCCUGCUCUAUUUCAAUAGGAACCAAUUCUCUUUAGCCCCUGUGCUGCAUUUGUCUUUGUGCAUCAAAUGGCCUUGAAGCUUGGAAUUCAGCUACAAGAAUUAACUGAGAAGCACAGUGGAUGUAGAUGAGCAAUGCAGAUUAUCUUCAAUCUUUUUUAUGCAUGAAAUUUAUAUCGUCUUGAACCCAUGUGUGUUUUGUAAACAAAAUGUUCUUUUUGCAUUUAUAAAUUUUAACUUGUGAAACUUAUGCAAGGCUUAAAAAUUCUUGUAGCUUCAUUCAAUGUAAUGUAAGAAAUGUAGAUAUGGCAUGAAAUAUUUUGAAAUCUUCUGCUUAAUUGCAACUAUGUCAGGAUACGAAAGGGGAAGGAGGUCAACAUGUGCAUUCAAGCAAUCCGUAAACUCCAGUUUAUCUUUAACUUCUUAUACAUUUCAUUAAACUUUUUAAACAUCCUUUCGUCAUCAGACACAGGCUAGCCUACAUCUACUUGCAUUUUCCAAUGAAUUAACACCACUUUAGACGUAAACCUUUAAAGCCCAUACAAGCCUCAAUUAUGAGGUGGUGUAGAAACUUUGAACUUUGGAGUUGUGCUUCAAUGAAGCUUUUAUUUUUAAAAAAACACUAAUUUAUAUCUCAAACAUCAGAAUAUUUUCAUCAAGCAUUAUAAAUGUACACUAUUUUCUCUAUCGUACCAUUUCAUUUGAUAAUGGUGAGCUGGUAAUUGUGCCUGCAAAGUAUAUGAAUAGUUCUUUCAGAGAACUAGCACAGUCUCAAUUGGCCAAAUAACCAACUUCUGUGCUUGUUUUUUUUCCUCAAACAACACUCAUUUAUGUGGACUUGCUAAUUAUCUAGGUACAUUCAGUCAAUCAAAAGUAUGAAGGUGAGGUCUUGUGCCAUCUGUUGUCAGCUUGGACAUGGUGAAUGAUCAACACUUCUUUCUGAAUGCGAGUUCUUUCUCAAACACUGGAUUUUUUUUUUGAAAAUUAAUAAGGUGGGAACUUUGUGCGUGCAUGACUACUUAAUGCCUAGGUAUAGUAUUGUGUUUGAUCCUCAUUCAUGUUUAAUUGUGAUAGUGGCACACCUGAGUUUGUUGUCUGGUGUUUUUGUUACUUCUGUCCUUGAGAUGGUCUGGUUGUGCCUGCAGAGUUUCAAAUUUUGGAGCAAAGUGGAGAAAAAGAGAAACUCCAACUGUGUUUGUCAGUAAAUUCUUGAAGUAUCAAAGGCCUGGAAGGUAUCAGGAUAUGGCCAAGGCGUGAACUUCUUUCUCCCUUGGCUUCUCCCUGCCCAAUCAUCUUUUUUUUUUCCUUCUUGCCCCCUCUCAUCACUUCCUAAUAGAUAUGAGAGAUUUGUUGUCAUUGGUUGUGAAGCCUCAUUAAGCUUUUGUUGUCCUGGGUUGACAAGAGCUCAUUGAGGCUUUCUUAUCUGAAGUUGAACUUGAGUUGUGUUGAUGAAUACUCAGUAUAAACAGUCUUCCUUUUUGCAUUUUUUGCCUUCCACCCUUUAUUUUUGGAUGGGGGUGGAAGGAAUCUUUUUGAUAUAUGUAAACUUCUUCUUGUGCGCAAUACUUCUUUCUUGAUUUUUUUAAACAGUUUCACAACAUUUUGACGACAAUUUGCGAGAAUUUUAUGGGUAUUGUAAAUAAAAUAGCAACUGUAAUGCUCCCUUAGUAAGACUUCAAUUACCAUCGGUUCCUAAACGAAAAUAUUAAAGUUACUAAACAACUAAAGUUUGAAAUUGAAGUAGUACAGCUUUACUAAACAUUACUUGAAAAUGGAUUAUUAGAUGUAAAAGCUGGAUUUAAUUUUGCUGCUCGAAAAUCUUAUCUCAAAAUAAUUGACUUUUGUAUCCAUGUUUUACUGUUCAGUGUAGUGAAAUUAGCCUUCGUAGAAAGCAAGCAUUUGGGAAUGCCUAUACAUUGAUUGGAAUAGAAGGAAAUAGAAGCCACUUAUUCCAGCCAACAAACUUGACUACCUCAAUACGAAACAAAUAUAUCAGGAGAGGCAAUAGUAUAUUUAAUUUGUUCCUGUAUCUGCACAUUUUUAUUCUGGGGAUAAGGAAGAUUAAACUUGUUUGCCUGCAUAAGUUGCAUAUUUAACAUGAUCAUAAAUCAUCUCCCUGUAUUGGUGAGGAAAAUGAGAAAACCAUUUAAUGGGAGAGUGGUAUAGCUAGUCAGAAGUUAUUUCAGUGGACCACCCAGCACAGCGAUGUUGUCCGGGAUGUUGGAUUCCUUUUCAUAUUAUCAGUGUUCUUGUCAUCUUUCAUCACAUUGAAGCACAAGUUUGGUUACAAAGAUUUCUUUUGAGAUUGAAUUUUUCAGAUGCUGAGAACUCUCAAUUUAAGAUUAUUCUCUGGAAUAUUGCUUUACAUUUAAAGAGAUUAGUUUAAAAAAGGAAGUCAUCGAAUGUUAGCUUGUUUUGUGAACGUGAAGAAUUUCACCUAUUGAGGCUGUUUCAUUUAAAUUGAAUUCGAUAAAUAAGCAAUUUCUGUUCCAGCUUAUUUUUGUUUCUCCAGUAGAGGGCAUCUGAGACUGAUUAUGAAGAAAAGUUCAUGCUAUUUCCUUUCAACUGAGUGAGGGGACACAAUGAAAAAAAUAAAUAUAAAUAUUAAACUCUGGCCAAAAGCUUCCUCCUAUGCUUGUAAUUCCUUUCAAUUUAUCUUGAACCUUCCUUCUUUUGCAAAGAAAAAACAAAUACACUAUGUUGCUAAUGCUAAUAAUGUUGUAAUUAACUUUAAAAUUAAUACUAAUAUUUGUAUUGCCUCAGGUAAAUUUUCAUUUUCUUCUUGUGAAAAUUUUCAUAGGUUUUGCAAAUAACUAUGAAAAGCCAACUGUUCUGUGACACAUUCUGAAGGAAUAGCAACCAUCAGUUGGAUAAAUGGAAAAAAAUAAACAUUAACAAGACUUUUUGAUACCAACUAGAUCUUGUGCAUCUUGUAACUAAUGUUUAUGUUUGCUGCAAUGUUGUCAUUUCAUACUAGUUCACAUUUACUGCUUAACUGGUUUCAUGAAAAGCUGCCUUAAAAAUCAAAAGUGGGCAACAGGUAUGCUUAUUUUGGUCGGCUCAACCUUCAACUGCAGUAUCUCAUUUUAUGUACAAUUAUGAAGAAUCACAUUGAAAUAACCUGGGAAAAUGUAAUUUACUGCAGGGAUGUGGCAACAUGAUUGAAAUCAAAAGUGUUCAACUUCUAACCUCGUUAAAUGUGCAGAAGAGCCAAAUUUACUGCCCUGAGGGUUUCAUUGGCAUAUGGUUUCUGCAGAAUCUAAUUGUUUCUGUAAGAUAUGUAAAGUGCUUAGUAAUCUUUGAUUCUCCUUCAUUUGAUUUUUGCGUGUAGUACUGACCUUGUCUGAGUGCUAAAUUUCUCUGCACCUUUUGAAAUUCCAUCUUUUCUAUAUGAGAAUGUACAUAGAAUUUCUGCAUUUCUAAUGUUCAGUUUUAUAAUGAACAAUUAUUGUGGACAGAUGUGGAAUGCUAAGAUACUACGGAUUAGAUGUUUUUUAAAAAAACAUUUGGUAUAUACUGUGCUAUUGUGAUUUAAUGCUCCUUACUAAAGUAGUAUUGCAAGGUUAGCACAGAAAUUUGCUUAACUAAUGGCUGUAUGGGCUGCAUCUGUUCUAUUUACUAUGUUUUUCAUAUUCAACCUCUAUCCUGAUUUUAAAAAAAAAGUUUCUGAAUUAAGUUCAAGUACCAGAUAUUUUACUAUGUUUUCAAGACUGUUUCUAGCAUUGUACAGUAACUAUAGACUGCCAUUUUCUGUUUUAUAUGUUGUGCAGUCUUCAAAUUAACGACAGUCCUUAUUUUGGCAUGUUGUAGCUUCGCUGAAAAUACUGGUUUAAAUCUUUACAUGUUUUGCAUAAAAUGUAAAUAUUAAAAUGUGUGGGUCAGUUGUUCA